AUUCUGCAUGUGCGUGCGUAACAGGCCGGGCCCCCCACGGCCUUCACCUUUGCUGGGAAAAUUAUGCCAUAAAAUCCCGGGGGCCUGUGUCAAAAGAUUAUUAGUUAUCAUUAAUGAGCGCGCACGCAGUAUGGGUUUAGUAACCGAGUGGACUAUUUCGAUCCAAGGCUGAGCGGUUCAGUCCAGGUACAACUUCUCCUAUCCUCUGGGCUCCUUCCAGCACCCCCCCCCCCCCUCCCGCUCAAGGACGGAACCUUCUGAGUUAAAAUGGAGUUUGCAAUGGUGGGUGCGGACGGCGGGUGCAACAGCCACCUGCCGUACGGAUAUGCCCAAGCCCGAGCCCGGGAGCGGGAGCGAGAAAGGGAGCGCCAGGCGGCCCAAUCCAGAGCGGCCGAGAGCGGAUCGGGAGCGGAUGGGGGAGGCGUCUGCUCCGGGGGGUCCACCACCACAACCACCUCCGCUUCCACGGGCGCGCAUCUCCUUAACAACCGUCAGCAUCCGUCUCGCAGCGCCAACAUCAACAGCGGCGGUACCGCCUCGCGCCCCUCCUCCUCCUCCUCCACCUCCUCCUCCUGCUCGUCCUCUCAGGAUCCCGAGAAGCAACGACUCCUCAGAGAGCGCAAAAAGCAACGCGGCGUCGGACGGUGGAGACGCAGCCGGACCACUCUCGGCGGGGACUUGCGCCACUCCGAACUGGCGCUGCUCGGCUCCGAGGAGGACAUCAUGAUCGAAGAGGAAGACGGUGGCGAGGAAGAGGAGGAGGAGGACGAGCGCGAGGAGGAGGAGGAGCAGGAGCGCGGAAUCAAGAGGUCCAGUUUUCUGUGCAACAUGGAUGAUGAUGAUGACGACGACGACGACGACGACGAAACCGUUUCGAUCACUGACAGACGCCCUCAGUCCGGAUAUGCGAAUGUUUACAACGAGUUGGGCUGCUGCGAGAGAGUUGUCAUCAACGUGUCGGGCCUCAAGUUUGAAACUCAGCUCAAAACUCUCACUCAGUUCCCCGACACGCUCCUGGGGGACCCCGACAAGCGCAUCCGGUACUUUGACCCGCUGAGGAACGAAUACUUCUUCGAUCGGAACCGGCCGAGUUUUGACGCUAUUCUGUACUAUUACCAGUCCGGAGGUCGCUUGAAAAGACCCGCCAACGUCCCGUUUGACGUCUUCUCCGAGGAGGUCAAGUUUUAUGAACUUGGAGAGGAGGCGAUCCUCAAGUUUCGCGAGGAUGAGGGUUUUGUCAAGGAAGAGGAGAAGCCUCUCCCGGAGGACGAGUUCAAGCGCCAGAUUUGGUUGCUCUUCGAAUAUCCGGAGAGCUCCAGUCCGGCCAGGGGCAUCGCGGUGGUGUCCGUGCUGGUUAUCGUCAUCUCCAUCGUCAUUUUCUGUCUCGAGACGCUGCCCGAGUUCAGGGACGACAAAGAGUACUUGCAGGCCAGACACAAUUCCACGCAGCCGGACCACGGAUUUACCCCCUUCAACGACCCGUUUUUCAUCGUGGAGACCGUGUGCAUUAUUUGGUUCUCCUUCGAGAUUAUAGUCCGCUUCUUUGCGAGUCCCAGCAAAACGGCGUUCUUUAAGAACAUCAUGAACUCCAUCGACAUCGUUUCCAUUUUGCCUUACUUCAUUACCCUGGGCACCGACUUGGCGCAGCACCAAGGCAACGGGCAACAGGCGAUGAGCUUCGCCAUACUGAGAAUAAUCCGCCUGGUCAGGGUCUUCCGCAUCUUCAAGCUGUCCAGACACUCGAAGGGGCUCCAGAUCCUGGGCCACACUCUGCGCGCCAGCAUGAGGGAGCUGGCCCUGCUCAUAUUCUUCCUCGUCAUCGGCGUCAUCCUCUUCUCGAGCGCGGUUUACUUCGCCGAGGCGGACGAGCCCACUUCGCAGUUCACCAGCAUCCCGGACGCCUUCUGGUGGGCCGUGGUGACGAUGACCACGGUGGGCUACGGGGACAUGAAGCCCAUCACCGUGGGCGGCAAGAUAGUAGGCUCCCUGUGCGCAAUCGCGGGCGUGUUGACCAUCGCGCUACCGGUGCCGGUCAUCGUGUCGAACUUCAACUAUUUUUACCACCGAGAGACCGACAACAACGAGGAACAGGCGCAACCGGCGGUUGAGAGCAUGCCGCCGGGGUGCCCCUACUUCCCGGACUUUUUGCGUCAAUUUAAAGGCUCGCCGUCCGGCUCCUCGCUGGGGGACAAAGCGGAGUAUAUGGAGAUGGAAGAAGGGGUGACGGAGUCUCUGUGCGGCCUGGACAAAAGCCCCAGUAAGGGCAACGGCACAGACAUCAGCAGAAGGAACAGCACGAACUCAAAAUCCAUUCAGACUGACGUGUGAUUACAAAUAUUUUUGAAACAUUUCUUUUUCCUGUUCCCGGAGAAAAUACAAAUAUACCCGACAUCUAUAUUGUUAGCCACCCAAACGAGUUUAACGCACGGGCCAUGAAGCCCCCCCACCCCACCUUCCUCCUCCUCUCCUCGACCCACACGGAGAGGUCGCCGUGGUUACCAGGUGACGCGAUAGUUCCAUGUACAUCUUCCAAAUAACAUUUGGACCAAUUUAUGCCCAAUUCAUUUUUCGAACUUGAGCUGGCUUCCAAAUUACACAUAUAAUUAUAGAAAAGAAGCUCUGCACUCGCACUUUAUGAGUUUCAUCUGUCAAUGACAGGAAGAGUAUUGAUAGCCAAUUUGCUCUUAUGCAGUAAAGCAGUCUUUCGUUUUGCACUCAAGAGGAGCUUGUGCUGGAUUGACAAAUUUUAGGGGCAAAAAGUGUAGGCUGGCAGACAUCCUUCUACCAUUUAAGAACAUCAGCAUAGACUGCUUAAAACGAGGUGAAAAUAUUCUUAAUCCACACCAAUGAAAAUGACCACCUACCCUAAUUGAAAUGUCAUAAAAAUUCAGCGUAAAAGUUGAUUCACUCUCUUCGAGCUCCAAUACUUGUAUGACGUGCAGCUCAAUGAAACGGCAGUACAUUUAGCAAUCUUCACAUAAAUCAGGGCUAGAAAUCAUGUUGUGCUGUACACGUGCACCCACUCUGAGAGCUAAGCACAGGAAUCACCGCAUUUAAACACAGCAGGAGGAAGGACUUGUCCCUCCAUGUUUUUAAUGAACAGGCCUCAGCACAUGACGUCAGUCUCCCCAAAUACAUUUACUGGAAGUCACCUCCAAAUGAUAAUAUCCCUUUACGCGGACACAAAUGGAACAUUGAAGCAAAAAACAAACAAACAAACAAAAGACUCCAUCGAGGAAACUCCUUGUGAAGGAGUUGUGAGCAACUUCCCCAUGUUCGCUGGACUUGGUGCACAUUUUUUUUUCCUCAAGAGGACUAUUACUAUCUCAUCUGGAUGUGGACGUCUUCCAAGCUCUGCCAGUUUCAGGGCGUAAACCCAGCAUCUCUGGAAGUGGCAGGGAACCAACACAGCAUUGUGACCGCGAUGGUGGCUAAGAGAAGAACAACAGCUGGAGGGGACUCAACAACAAGGGGCGCAUGUGGGGGUGGAACCGCUACUAUCUGAAAUAGGUAAACAACCCCGGCAGGGUUGAGUCAAUGAAUAAACCGUGGCCCAGAAUGAUUGCCUUAAUUACCGCACAUUUACAGAUGUACGAAGCGACGAUGUGAGACUUAGACUACGAUGUUUUCUUAACACGUGGAAAAAAUGUCUUGUAAGCGAAAGGUGUGAACAUUUUAACAUGGGAGAGAAUAGUAUUUGGUUUUAAUGUGAAAAUGGCAAGUUUUUCGCUCUGCCUACGUGCAGCCGGCCAUGUGACUUACUGUCUUGUUCUUCUCUGGUACUGUCAUCCAAACAAGGCUGACUUGAGUCGCUCAAAAGCUGGCAACAAAGUUUUCCCCUCGGCCAAGUUGUGUCCUAACGUUCCAACUCUCAUUGAUGAAUUGUUUUUGAGGCCGGAAGAUACAUCGGCGUCACGUCGUAGAGCGCAUUAACAUACACUUUCACUAAAACAAAGAUGUCAGGCACAUAAACCCGACCUUAAAUAUCUGUCGCAGAGCUGCCGUCCCAGAUGAUGGAUGGAACUCGACAGUACUCUAGCCAAGAUUCCCUCUCUGAAAAGACACUACACCUUAGGUUGCUCUCAGAUGCAAACAACAAACGGACCAGCUGCUUUGUUGACUUGUUUCCACUUUUAAGUGUAUGCAAAGUAACAUGAACGUGUGUUCUCUAUUUUUUUAAACCUAGCCUUGCUGAAUACAUAACCAAAGGUGAAACCCCGAAUUUAUUGUAUGUUGUGCUCAGAUGUUGUGUUCUAGAGGCACACCGACUAGGAGACAAUGUACAUAGCCGAUGUUUAUACUUGUGCGCCCUGAGAAGUGUUGCAGUCGUUUGAGACUUUCAAAACUUUAUUUGACUGUUAUACAACCCAUCGAUCACAAUCAUCAUCUGUGUUUGUUUUGCCCUCGAUGAUACAAUCACGUUGCUCAUAUUGUUGUGAAUGCUGCUCUGACACGCCCAAUUUCUUUUUAAAAAAUUUGUUUGUGUCUUUUUUUUUUUGUUUAAGCAUCGCCCAUCAAAAAGUCAUUAUUUGGAAACACAAGAUUACUAAUGUUGUUUGGGCACUGAGGAAUUGAAUUGCCUCUUUGCGCUCUGAUGUUAUUCACUCACAUGCCCGUUUUGCAUUCUGAACUGCUUCUAUUUGGUUUUCUUUUACAUACCGUGUUAAUUAUACUGGCACUUAAAAAAAAAACUGGAUUUGGAGCCCAUUAUCUUUUCACCUUUACGGAAAAUCCAAAGUACACACUACUGGUCUUUAUUUGAACAAUUUCUAUCUGUAAUUACCUCAGUGCUUGUAUCUCAGUUGGGGGGUUUACUCACUGAAUGUUCCUGGUGUUUCCAAAGUGUCAUAAAAACUUGUAACCAUACAGGAUAGCCACAAUAGUUUUAAAAUUGAUGUCAGUGGUUGUUGUUGUAAAUUACCCUACAAGGAGGAUGUUUUUUUAUUGGAAAAUAGAGUGACUGUUUAUCUUGUCACUUCAGCUGAUUUAACAGCAGAGUCUCUGGAUUAAAAUUGACAGUUGUUUCUUGUUUGGAACAAAAAAAAAGAA